AUAUCAAGGCGCAUCGUCUUAUCUCCUCUUCUGUUCUUUGCAAUAGUGUACCAGUGCAUAAGUGUUUUACGUUCUAGUUUUUCGAUUGUACGGGUUUUCAGAUUUAGAUUUCGAGAUUUGAUUCUUCGUGAUUGAUUACCUAUACGUUGAACCACUAUUGGAAACAGACAAAAAUAAAAUCGGACGGACGUGAAGGCAAACAAUGCGUAGGUACAUGUAACUUUCAUUGGCGUUGGAGGCUCUGUAAUUUGGAUAACGGAAGAGAAAAAAGAUCAAAAUGCAAAGAGAGUCACAUUCUCAUUAAAAGGCAAAGAAGCGUUCGAAUCGGAACGGAAUGGCUAUAUCGUGGCCAUACGCGACAAGUGCCUCACCAUCCUCCUCCAUUACGAUAUUGAUGAUGACAACACGAUUAACGCCGUUGGCACUAACGACAAAUUACACGGAAGUCAGUGACAUUGUUGCCAAUACGACAGAUAUCUAUGACAAGGAGGAGGAAUAUACGCCGUAUAGCGAGCGACCAGAAACGUAUAUCGUACCAAUCGUUUUUCUUUUGAUCCUACUAAUCGGCCUCACUGGAAAUGGCGUACUCGCUCUUACAAUCCUGCGACAUACAAAUAUGAGAAACGUACCUAAUACGUAUGUCCUCUCGCUGGCACUUGGGGAUUUACUGGUGAUACUAACAUGCGUCCCGUUUACCUUUACUGUCUACAUUUUGGAUUCCUGGCCUUUCGGACUAUUGUUAUGCAAACUCUCCGAGUGUGCAAAGGAUAUAUCUGUCGGAGUUUCCGUUUUCACUUUAACUGCGCUAUCAGCAGAUAGAUUUUUCGCUAUCGUGGAUCCUAUGCGAAAAUUGCACGUCACAGGUAGUGGAAAACGUGCCACACGCUUCACUAUAAUUGUUGCGGUGCUGAUUUGGGUUUUGGCUGGAGUAUGCGCGGUCCCGGGAUCGUUUUCGUAUAUCAGAGUCUUCAAGGUUAACCGGAACGUAAGCUUCUGCGUGUGUUAUCCGUUUCCCGAGGAGUUUGGAACAAAUUAUCCAAAGGUGCUAUUAAUAUGCCGUUUCUUCAUGUAUUAUCUCAUACCACUCAGCAUCAUCGCUGUUUUCUACAUGUUGAUGGCCAGGCAUCUUAUGCGCAGUACAAAAAAUAUACCCGGCGAAAUGCAAGGCCAGGUAAAGCAAGUACAAGCUCGUAAAAAGGUAGCAAAGAUGGUAAUGGCUUUCGUCAUUGUGUUUGCUGUUUGUUUCUUUCCACAACACGUUUUCAUGUUAUGGUUUUAUCUUCAUCCAACUGCGGAAAAAGAUUAUAAUGCCUUUUGGCAUUACUUUCGCAUCUUGGGUUUCUGUCUUGCUUAUACCAACAGCUGCAUCAACCCAAUCGCUCUCUAUUGCGUUAGUGGUACCUUCAGAAAAUACUUUGACAGAUAUUUGUUUUGUUGCGUGAAGAAGAAGCGGAGGCGACAUCGACGAUCAUCAGACCUAAGUUCGCGCGGGCGUGGACAAAGCUUUUCACUUGUUAGUUCGAGGAAAUACUUGGGCGAUUCUCGUCGAGAGCAACGAAGUGUGAUGCGUCUCUCGAUUAUGGCAGGCGAUAUACGAUCUACGACUCCCAUUAAAGAGCAAGAAACUACUAUCACUUUAUCGGCGUAUCCUAAUGGCGUUGACGAAUCGUCAAAAAAUCAACGAAUCUCAACAGAACCAACAGUACGUGAUCGAUUAGUUACUUAAAAAAGAUAUCAACAUUAAAUGCAUUUAUAUUUCUCAUAUGCAUUUAUAUUGAUUCUUAUGUAACUUAAUAUUGAUUCAAUAAUUUACAUUUUAAUGAAACCUUCUCAUAAUUCAAACUUCAGAUUGUUGAGUCGCGAUGUAUUUAAUUAUGGCAUUUGAAGAAAAAGCAGUAUAAUAAUCUACAUACUGGACAUCCACCUGUUACAAAUAAUUAAAAUCAUUAACAUCUAAAUUAUUUUGAUAUCAUAUUAAAGUGGUAUGCUUAUUGUUCCUUGUCAUUAUUUAGGAUAAUGUUAUGCGAAUAAAUUUCUUUACAGUACUUAUGUUUAAUCAUAUAUAAUAGAAUCAUACUUACAUAUAAAACAUUAAUAUUAAAAUUAGCUUUAAUCAGAUAAUUAAUGAUAAACAAAGUAAAAUAAAUUAAUUUCGUAUGCUUCUAUGAAGAGUUCUAGUACCUCUUGUUCGACCAAUAAAUACUACAUUCCGCCAAAUAAGUACAGUAUUAGGAGUUAUAGCUUUGACAGAUUAAAGAAAUACGAUUUUAAGAGACAUUACGCAUGUAUACUGCUAUUUGCGUAGAAAAAUAAAUGCAUAGAAAAGUCAAAAUCGCUAUCAAAUAAUUUAAAUCAUUGUAAAGAUAGUAUAAUGAACAAAUAAAAAUAACUUAUCAACAAGUUUACAGAAAAACGCAAUGUUGAUCUCUAUUGUAUUAUAGGACAAAUAAAACAUUUCUGAUUUUACAGCCAAAUUAAAUUUGUAUGGAAUAUGUCUGCGUAAUUAAUUAUUGCAUAGUUAGUUUGUAUUUGUCUUAUGGUUUAAGAAUUAAUGUAAUUAUUUUUACAACAAUCACAAUACAAUUUGUUACGUGGUUUUUUGAAUAUGUUCGUAUAAUAAAAAAAAUUUGUUUUAUUUUAUUCAUUAUAAAAAAAAAAA